UGACCAAGGAGAAGCACAGGGAAACAAGUGGGUGGGACUAAGCACUGGUAAUUUGAUGCGCCGGGCUAGUGGAAAAAUCAAGCCCAGCCUGUGGUAGCAGAAUCCAUCAAGCAUCAUGCCCGGGAAAAAAUACCGUCGGAGCUACAAGUCUAAGAAGCAGACCAUCUCCAGAUCCAUCAGAGCACAGCUUCAGUUCCCUGUUAGCCGUGUGGACCGCUUCCUGAGGCAGGGUCACUAUGGCCAGCGACUGAGCUCUUCCGCUCCUGUUUUCCUGGCUGGUGUCCUUGAGUACCUGACCGCUAAAAUCCUGGAUCUGGCAGGUCAAGAGGCCCACAGCAACCGCAAGAUGCGCAUCACCCCGGAGCACGUGGGGAAGGUGCUGGAGAAGAAUCGGCAUCUCUAUCGCCUCUUCGAGGAUAACGCCAACCCUCCAGAUGUCAAGAAACCAAAAAAGAGUAAGAAGUAAUGACGACUGGGUCUCCAGCCCUGGUGGGACUUCCACAAAAGUCUCACCCAGCCCCCAGAUCCCAUAGAGGAGGGAUCCUGUGCUGUUGUCAUCAACCACAUUAUUAAAGCGUUUAAGUCAAA